AUGAAGAAACACUACGAUGUCUAUGGUAUAGGUGCUGCGCUUGUAGAUACGGAGACUCAUGUAACCGAUGCCGACCUAUCGGCAUGGGGAAUCGAAAAAGGUAUGAUGUUACUACUAGAUGAAGCACGUCGAAAAAAGCUGCUUGAUUUUCUUACCGAUCAUCUGGUAUGCUCAAAACGAACCAGUGGCGGGUCUACAGCUAACACAAUUACUGCUAUUGCACAAUUUGGUGGUAAAACAUUUUAUACUUGUAAAGUUGGAGACGAUGAUAAUGGUCGAUUUUACUUGAACGAUUUAUCCACAGCAGGUGUUGACUAUCAAAAUGAUAAUCGCCACAAUGAUGGUGUCACUGGUACUUGUUUGGUAAUGAUCACUCCUGAUGCUGAACGAACAUUAAACUCGUUUCUAGGCAUUAAUGCAACAUUAUCAGAACAUGAUAUUAUACCAGACGCUAUUAUUAAUUCUGAUUAUGUUUAUUUAGAAGCAUACAUGGUGCUAUCUCCUAGUAGUCGUGCCGCUGCCAUUCGUAUACGUGAAAUUGCGGAAGAAAGUACAGUAAAAGUUGCAGUGAGUCUGUCGGAUUCAGGCGUCGUCUCAGAUUUUCGUGAUGAUCUACAUGAAAUGUUAGGCAAACAUGUCGAUUUAUUAUUUUCCAAUCGGAUAGAAGCAUUAAGUUGGGCACAAACUGACAAUUUAGAUAUUGCCAUUGAUAGUUUGAAAAAUUUUGCUAGAACAUUUGUUAUUACACUCGGAGCUGAAGGAUCACUAGUGUACGAUGGUACGCAAUUGCACACUAUUCCACCCUACAAAGUACAAGCAGUGAACACUAGUGGUGCAGGUGAUAUGUUUGCUGGUGCAUUUCUAUUUGCUAUUACACACGGAAAAGAUUUUUCGGCAGCAGGAAAAUUUGCAAGUUUCAGUGCAGCAGCUGUUGUUUCCGAUUAUGGAUCACGUUUGAAUGUAACAAAACAACAACAGAUUUUGGCACAAUGGGACAAAAUUGAGAAAACUUUCUAA